AGUGUGUGGACUCUGGGUUUCUUCUUCGGUGAAAAAACGGAGGACCCAGGCCACCCGCUCCGAACGAGAAAGGCUUGAUCUCAAAAAGCAGGACAAUCGGAGACCACUGCGCCACUGCGAAGAGAGGCGAACCUCGUCUCCCGAUACUCGACGCAUGCUAAGAUUCUCCAGUAGCCUGGCUCUGCUGAGACGCUGAGAACGGAGGGAAUCACGGACCCGCCGCAUAAUUCAUCAUCGAUAUAGCUUUUUUCAUGAAGAAACGGAAUCCUCCUUUCAACUUGACUCCAGCCUUCCGGCGCCGUACUUAUGCAUCCAUUUUCCUUUGCCUUCUCGGGUGUAUGUACACUUGAAUGUCGGGGCCGGCAAGAACUCUGGGGUGUACAUACACCUGAGACGGGCCCCUUCGCUGGCUAUUUUUGCGGCAAAAAUCUCUCUUGGUUUUUCUUAUCUAUCUUGCUCUCGUGACACUCUUACUUGAACUGUCUGCUUCCAGUUUUUCAGUCGGCCGCUUCUCGUCUCCUCGCUCCUUCUAUCCCCUUCUUCGUUUUUGAAGCUUCUGCGUUUCGCGCUGUUCUCUGGACGGUGCUGUUGCGUCUGAUUUCUCUCUUCCCUUCUUUCGCAACUUCCUCUGACCUCCAUUUUCAAAUGCCUCAGGGACGCGCUUGCGAGGGUCUGCACAUUCUGCUCACGCGCUGUUCUUCCUCGAUUUCGUCUUCGCCUUCCGUUUUUAUCUGCCUUCUUCGCCAUGUCCGUCGUUGGAAGAUUCCGGCUGAUCGUCCCUGCAGCGACGGCGAAACCGUCGCCUGCGAUUGGUCAGACUCUCGGUCCGCUGGGCAUUAACAUGAUGCAGUUCUGCAAAGAAUUCAACGCUCGCACUGCCAACGUUCGCCCGGAGGUUCCGCUUCAAGUGACUAUCGUUCCUCUGACCGACAGGUCCUACAAAUUCAGCAUUCGCGCCCCAAGCAACAUUUGGUUUCUCCUGCGAACGGCGCGGUGCCCGAUGGGCAGCGAAUCUCCUGGCCACCAGAGUGUCGGAAACGUCACCCUGAAGGAGAUCUACCAUAUUGCCAGGUGCAAAAGCAUGGACUGGCCUCUCAUCGGCAUGUCCCUCCGUGGCAUUUGUCGAUCUCUUAUCGGCACCGCUCGCGCUUCAGGCAUAGAGAUAAGCAAAGAGAUUUUGCCUGCGUACCACAAGCGGGACUACACGGAUGUUCAGGCUCUUGACAGCAUGCGCAAAGACAUGCGUCAGAGAAAGAAAGCAGCGAAGCGAGCCGCCACAAAGAAGUGACUGUGAAGUGUGUUUUUUUUUGUUCUUUUUGCCUUCCCGUCUGUUUCAAGACGCGUUGGACUUUCCCUAUGGAGAAGAGCGUGAAUGCCGGAAAAAAGUCACAUUCGGCCUUGAUGUUGUCUUCGCUGUUUCUUUUUCUGUCGUCUCUUCCUCGUCCUUUCUUUCAACUUUCUUCCAUUUUCUUUCUGUCCCCUUCGUCUUCCGCUUGGCUUUCUCCUGCUUUCUUGGCUCUCUCUUUUUGUAUCUCGACCCGCGGGGGAGUCUUCUUGACCUCUCGUCAUUCCGGUCUCUCGCUCUUCCCCUUUUUAAAUAUCUGUCUUGAUUUUUCUCCUCUGUGCCUCUGUUCCCUGUCUCUUGUCUGCCAUUCGUUCUUUCUGCAUUUUCCGGUGUUUUCAAUUUUUUUUUGUUUCGCGCACAAAGAAGCCUCUCUGCAGCGUGGCUGUGUGUCCACGCGAACGUUGUCGCUGCUACGCGUUCUCCCUUUUAAAAACGCCGUUCGUGAGACAAUCCGUUCUUUUUCGGAAGGAACGAGUUGCGCAUUUGUCUCUCUGGUUCCCUCGUCCUCGAUUCUCUAGCGCAAACAAGACGCGAGAACGGAACAGAAGAGAAAAGAGGCAAAGAGAAACAGAGAAGAAAAAAGAGACAGCGAAUGGAAAAGACAACGAAACAGAGACAGGAAAGAGAGAGAAAACAAGGAAACGGAGAGAGCACACAGAGACAGGGAAGCAACAGUCCCAAGAAGGUGUGAAGUGAAGAAAGAGACAGAGCGGUUAACGCGUCGUAGAACGCCUUCGUGCAGGCGAGGAAAUCUCUGAGGUGAACAGACUUGCACAUCGGAAAGGCGACAGAUAGAGACGUAGAAAUUAUUGCAAAGACGUUCCAAGUGAACCGGAAAACUGGCAGACACUUUCAGGUCGUCACGGAGGUCGAGAGCCGGAAGAGCCUUCAGAGAGAAGAUAUUCAAAUAUCUGACGAUGUACGCACACAAGCUGUUACCGCGAGAGUUUCCACAUGCUUGCCGUACCCCCCGAGUUCCACUUUCACUGAUACUCAUACGAUACAAAAUUACAUGCAUACAUGAAUACAUAAAGAAAUGUACUGUAUGUUUAGAUACAUGCG